AUGAUACCUAGAAUUAGAGGUUUAUUUAAUUCUUUUAAAAAGGUUAAUGGUGUAGCAUCUAGUUUAACGACAUCUUCACCUACAUCGUCGUCGUCGUUGUCAUCAUCAAUACCUGCAUCAUCAUAUAAACAACAAGAAGAAGAGUAUUUACAAAGUGAUUCAGAAUUGACAGAUACAUUUAAAGCUUUUCUAUCGACACAUACCUACUAUCAUAUCAAUGCACACGAUUUCAUCAACUUUAAAUACUCUUUGGCACCACCAUCUUCACAACCAUCGAUUGCAGACUAUGUAAAAUUACGUCAUGAAAGUGAUAGAAUCCUUUGUCUACUAGGUGUAAAAGAACCGCCACAAUCAUUAUCUACAACUUCUUCUCAGUUUAAACAUCAUCAUCAACAACAUCAACAACAAGAAUCAUCAACAUUAACAAUGGAAAAUAUAGAUGAAGAGAUUUCAAAUUAUUACAGACAAUUAACUUUGAUACCCUAUUUGGAACAACAAAAUACAAUUACAAAUGUAUUGGAUUAUCAGAUUCAUAGACUAUUUCAACAUGUACACGAUACUGGUGGCAAAAAUUGUUAUCCACCUCCACUUGUAACUGCCGAUCAAGAAAAAGGUUCAAUAUCACCAUCAAAGGAUAACAUUUAUUUUAGUAAUACAUUGGAGAGUAGACUAAGAAGAACACUUCGAAUCAAGCAAGAAAAUAUCGAGGGUAGUGUCAUUGACCAUCCCUACGACAAGUUUAGUCUUGUCAUUAAAAAGUCGUCCAUCGAUCACGGCGAGGCUGGUUAUGGUGUACACGUCAAGGGAUUAGUGUCACCAGGAACAGUAUUGGCCAUCUAUCCAGGUGACACUUAUACUGCCAGCAAUAUGGAUCAUGCUGCCAUUCUUGAAAAUGAAUAUAUGAUGUCACGGUAUGACGGUACGGUGAUUGAUGGAAGAAGUUGGUUGAAAAAGGUGGACAUGUCUAUCUAUCGAUCCAAAUACUUUUCAGAGACUGGUACUUCAGUGUCAGAGGAGGAACUUUUAAAGUAUCGUAAUCCUUUUGCCAUUGGUCAAUUCAUCAACCAUCCAUCGGAACACAAACAAAACCCAAAUUUCCCACAUGCCAACGUCAUUGGCAUCAAAUACAAUUUCCCACAAACAUUCCCAGAUCAUCUCAAACCAUACAUUCCACAUACAUCAGUGACCGACACCAACUUUUUCCGUGACAAGAAUAUUUUUGCCAAAUCCUACGUUCUCAUUGCCAACAGAUACAUCCAAGACGAAGAACUACUACUCAAUUAUCGUUAUAAUCCAGCCAAUCCAUAUCCACCUUGGUAUUUCCAACCAGACAUUUUAGAAGCCAAAAGAAGAUGGGGCAAGGUUAACAAAUUCUCUCUAAGACCAUUCUUUGAUAGAAUAAAUUAA